AUGGCGAAUAUAUCCACAGUGCGCACGAUUAGUCUCGGAUCAUUCUGUCUGACAGAACAGAUUUCAGGCUGCGCUUUCGGCGCGGGACCAUCUAGCCAUUGUUUUGCGAAAAUGCAGCCACGAUGCAGUCGACAAUGGUUUUCCGGUCGAUGCCCAUCCAGACUGCUCGUCCGAACAAUUGUAACCACUCUGCCUCGCACAAAGGAGAAUUUGGAAUGUUUCGCUGAAAAUCAGCGCGUAGCGGUGAUUGGCGCAGGCGCUGUGGGUUCUUAUUAUGGUGCACGCUUGUGUGAAGCAGGGCAUGACGUUCAAUUCCACGUGAGAGGAUCCAAUCUCCAAUCUUUCCGACGAAAAGGUCUGAAGGUGACAUCAAUAGACGGAGAUAUGUAUAUUGCCCCUGAAAAGAUCCAAGCUUACGCAAGUACAAACGAAAUGAAGAAGCCGGUUGAUUGGAUUGUGGUUUCCUUGAAGUCGACGGCGCUCGACGCUGUUCCUCACUUACUCGAACCGCUUUUACACCCAGGCGUUCGCAUCAUAGCCAUAAUGAAUGGAAUGAUAGAGGACGAUCUGAUUGCUAUGCUCAAAGAGAAAAUGGAAGAAAGGAGCAAUGGACCGCUGGAAUGUUGCCGUGCCUUGUAUGGGGGCAUGGCGUUUAUUUGUUGCAAUCGACUGGCACCGGCUGUUGUGGAUCAUUCCUUCUACGGACCGUUGGCUGCGGGUGUGGCGAGUCAUAGAAACGAAAAUCGGCGCUGUGAAGAGGAAGACAAAAGCGCUUUUUUAAGACUUUGGGCACCGACCAAAGUGAGAGUGUCGUUUGAGGAUUCUCUUUUGCGUGGACGAUGGAGAAAAAACAUUUGGAAUCUUCCAUUCAAUGGAAUAAGUGUCGCAAUGGGCGGAAUCACGGUAGACAAGAUCGUCACGGAUAUGGGACUCCGAUCGCUAUCGGAACACAUUAUGAGUGAGACUGUAGCAAUUGGCAAUGCAGAUUUAGAACGAGAGUAUGGUCCCGAAGGAUAUGACCCCUUGGACGAGGAAGACAAAUUGUUUUUGAUGUCCUUGUCGGAUACAAUGGGUGAGUAUCGUCCCUCUACAAUGAUUGAUCUUUUGCAACGAAAGCCAAUGGAGGUUUAUUAUUUGUUCCGAAAGCCACUCGAUCGAGGAAAGGAGCUAGGUAUAUCAUCUCCAUAUUUAGAAACAAUUGUUUGGCAGAUCGAAGCCUACCAGAAAGAAUUCGGGCUGUUCUAG